AUGAACCAGUUCACACACAUCAAGCCAGAACAUAUCAUCGUGAAUGAGACGCCCGAGACCAUCACCAUCAAGCUGGCCGGCUUCGACCUCUCCGUCUUCAUCCAGGACGACGGCAAGAUGCGCCAGAGCCCCUGCGGCAACGUGCCUUUCGCCGCCCCAGAGGUGCUCCGAGAUGGUCCCGCCUACGACCCCUGCCCAGCGGACAUCUGGAGCCUGGGCGUCGUGCUCGCGGAGGCAUUCUGCGGGGCGCGCGUGGUGGAGCUCGCGAUCAAGGACGCAGAACCAGAGGUGCGGCCAGAGGGCGAAAGCACAACGUUCACCGAGUGCAUCCAGACCUUCUUCCAGAUGCCCGCCACGGUUGCCAACAUGCUGGAGAAGAGUUGCCGCCCAGAGCUCCGCUCACUGCUGCCCACCUGCAGCGCGAUGCUCACCGGGAUGCUGGUGGUCGACCCCACUCAGAGGAUGGAGGCCGACGACGUCCGCUCCGUGGUGGAGCAGGGCUUCGCGCCUCUGGCCCUGGGGCCCGUCGCGCCCGCGGGGCCGCCGGCGCCCGGCGGUCGGCGGCGGCCCGCCCCGCCGCGCGGAGUUGCGGAGGGCGCCCCGGCAGCGGGCGUCACACCGUGA